AUGUCAUUAGUCAACGAGACGACGACGACGACAACAAAUUCAACAGAGGUUGUCGUACCACCGAGCAUGUUCGCUAUACCGAAGAUUGAUACCGUGAGUAGGCCCGGCACCCAGGAAAUUCGGAAAAGAUCCGCACAUCAGCCAGUCACACUGGACACCUCAGAAACCUCAUCAGAGGAAGAAAAUUUCGAAGGGUUAGAAGAGUUGGAACUUGGAGAUGAAAGCGAAGUAGAAAGCAGUAAUGUUGAAGAAAAGAAAAAUUUUGUUACCCAAGUUCCAGAAGAAGAUAAAUCGAAGCUACCACAGUUGCUACAGCAACCACAAAAACACUCCAAGUCACAUAAAGAUAAAGAACACUCUGCUAGUCGUAAUUCGAAAGCCAUCGCUGACGAUCACAGAAGGCACACUGACGAACACAAUAAACAGAGUGAUGAACAUAAACCUAAAAAGGGCAAAUCCAAAAAAAGCUCGCAGAGAUCUGAUAAUAGAUAUUCCUGUUUAAAAUAA